GGGACGCGGCGGGGCUGCAGCCAGAGCCGGAGCCUCAGUCGGUGUCGGGAGCCGGAGCCGCUGGGGCCAUGGGCUGGCGGGCGGGGGCCGCCGCUCUGCGCACCCAGCCUGCCGCGCGCUAGCGAGCCGCCGGGAAGAUGGCGGAGAGGCUGGAAUGGGUGGAAAUCAUAGAGCCUCGAACGCGGGAGCGCAUGUACGCCAACCUCAUCACAGGGGAGUGCGUGUGGGAUCCGCCCGCUGGCGUCCGCAUAAAGCGCACCAACGAGAACCAGUGGUGGGAACUGUUUGACCCGAACACCUCACGGUUCUACUACUACAAUGCCACCACCCAGCGGACCGUAUGGCACCGGCCGCAGAACUGUGACAUUAUCCCGCUGGCCAAGCUGCAGACCCUGAAGCAGAACACCGAGUCACCGAGGGCCUCCACAGAGAACAGCCCUGGGCGGAGCAGCAAUGUCAGCAGGGAGGGCAGCACCAGCUCCUCCCUGGAGCAGGAGCUGGAGGGCAGCGAGAAGGUGCAGGAUCAGACGAGGUCAAACCGUCAGUCAGCCCAGUUCGCUGUGGUGAAAGAAGAACCAGAAAGUUCUUCACCUCCCGGAGUGUUUGAGAAAGAAUAUGAAAUAUACCGGGAUUACAAUGCAGAAGGUCAACUUCUCCACUACAGGACGUCCUCCCUGCGAUGGAACACCGGCACCAAGGAACGCAUGCUGAUUAAGGUGACGGACCGUGAGCCGAGCUUCCUCAUGCACCAGGGCAAUGGCUACACCACCGACAACCAGCAGGGGACCCGCUCACGGAGGCCGUCAGGGGGCCAGCAGUCCCCCAACCUGCAGACGUUUGCCCCUGACACUGACAACUCCGUCUUCUUCCCUGAGAGGAAGCAGUCUCCCUUCUUGAAAAGGGCUGACCACGUGGGCAGCUGCUCCCCGCUGCUCGGUCGGGGGGAUUCGUUCUGCUCCCCGCUCCAGUCCCAGCACCGGAAGCACUCGAGUGAGUCGCAGCCAUCUUCUCCUCGCUACGCCUAUGAGCCCCCCUUGUACGAGGAGCCCCCCAUGGAGUACCAGGCCCCCAUCUAUGACGAGCCCCCGGUGGACAUGCAGUAUGAAGCCAGCGGCAACUACAAGGCGGGCUCCCCGCAGAAAUCACCCAUCCGCAAACCCCACCCAUUCUUGCAGUCGCCCAAGCAGGGCCCCAACUCCCCCUACCAGCAGCUGGUGCUGACCAAACAGAAAUGCCCCGAGAGGUUCAUGAGCCUGGAGUACAGCCCUGCAGGCAAGGAGUAUGUAAGACAGCUGGUUUACGUGGAGCAGUCCGGUUCCAGCCCCAAGCUGAAAACGGGCCUGCGACACAGAUACUCCCCUAACCCCAUAGGCGGCUCGUACUCACUGCAGCACAGCCCCUGCCUGGUGAGGGACCAGCGCCUGGAGAUCAAGUCUGGGGACUACAGCAGCAUGGAAGGGGCUGACUUCCGACACAGCCAGCCCGUGAGCCAGGCCUCCCAGGGGGAAGACUCCAUGUCAUGGUCCAGUCAGCAGGACACCAUGUCUUCCACAGGGUACUCACCUAGCACCAGGAAAAGGAAAAGCAGGAAGCCCUCCCUGUCCCACGACCCCAACACCUCCUCCACGGAUGGCUCGGGGGAUCGGGAGGCGCUCAACGAGCAGCUGAUGGCAGAGGAGAGGCCCAUGCCCGGCACUUACAGGCCCCAGAUGAACCGCACAGAGAGCAAAUCCAUCGAGGCCGAGGCAGUGCGGGGCUUCCCAGAGCCCUUCCUGGCCCAGGCCCGGCUGGCAUGGGAGGCGCAGCAGGCUCACUACCACAUGAAGCAGCGGAGCAGCUGGGAUUCCCAGAAGGACGGCUCAGGCUAUGAGAGCGAUGGCGCCUUGCCUUUACCUAUGCCCGGCCCCGUGGUGCGGGCCUUCAGCGAGGAUGAGGCCCUGGCACAGCAGGAGAGCAAGCACUGGAAGAGGAAUACCUUUGAGAAGCUGGGCUUCCCUCAGAUCCUGCUGGAGAAGAGUGUGUCUGUGCAGACCAACCUGGCUUCUCCAGAGCCCUACCUGCAUCCAUCUCAGUCUGAGGAUCUUGGUGCCUGUGCCCAGUUUGAGAGCAGCAGACAGAACAGAAAUAUGAUGCCUAGUGCCAGCUGUGUCUUCCCUACCUUCACCCUACGAAAGCCCUCCUCGGAGACGGACAUUGAGAACUGGGCCUCCAAGCACUUCAACAAGCACACCCAAGGGCUCUUCCGGAGGAAGGUCUCCAUUGCCAACAUGCUGGCCUGGAGCAGCGAGUCCAUCAAGAAACCCAUGAUCAUGACCACCGACCGCAACGUCAAGAAGGAAGCCUGUGAGAUAUUUAAACUGAUUCAGAUGUACAUGGGGGACCGGCGGGCCAAGGCGGAUCAACUCAACGUGGCUUUGGAGAUCGCCACCAAAGGCUGGAGCAUGCAGGGUCUGAGGGACGAGCUGUACAUCCAGCUGUGCCGGCAGACCACUGAGAACUUCCGUUAUGAGAGUCUGGCCCGGGGCUGGGAGCUAAUGGCUAUUUGCCUGGCCUUCUUCCCGCCCACUCCCAAAUUCCAUUCCUACCUAGAAGGAUAUAUUUACCGGCACAUGGAUCCGGUGAAUGACACCAAAGUGACUCAGCACAUUAAAGAGCUCCUGGAAAGGAACAGUAAGAAGAAAUCCAAAUUGAGAAAGAAACCCAAGCCCUAUAUCGAAGAGCAUGAUGGGGUGGCAAUAAGCACUUACGCCAAGUACUGUUACAACAAGCUCCAGAAAGCAGCCUUGACAGGAGCAAAGAAGGGCCUAAAGAAGCCGAAUAUUGAGGAGAUCCGGCAUGCAAAGAACGCAGUGUUCAGCCCCUCCAUGUUUGGGAGCUCCCUGCAGGAGAUCAUGAACAUGCAGAAGGAGAGGUACCCGGAUCGGCAGCUCCCUUGGGUGCAAACCAGACUGUCUGAGGAAGUGCUGGCGCUUAAUGGAGACCAGACCGAGGGCAUCUUCAGAGUGCCUGGAGAUAUCGAUGAGGUCAACGCCCUCAAGCUGCAGGUCGAUCAGUGGAAAAUCCCCACCGGCUUGGAAGACCCUCAUGUUCCUGCGUCGUUGCUGAAGCUCUGGUACCGGGAGCUCGAGGAGCCGCUGAUUCCCCACGAGUUCUACGAACAGUGCAUCACCCACUACGAGAACCCAGAGGCAGCCAUCGCAGUCAUCCACUCCCUGCCCAGGAUCAACAAAAUGGUGCUCUGCUACCUCAUCCGCUUCCUACAGGUGUUCGUGCAGCCGGCUAACGUGGCGGUCACCAAGAUGGACGUCAGUAACCUGGCCAUGGUGAUGGCCCCCAACUGCCUGCGCUGCCAGUCCGACGACCCGCGGAUCAUCUUCGAGAACACCAGGAAGGAAAUGUCCUUCAUCCGGGUGCUGAUCCAGCACCUGGACACCAGCUUCAUGGAGGGGGUCCUAUAGCAGCGAGCAGGGGCAGGAGCCAAAACCAAUGCUGACGACGACCACAACCCACCCAACCCCCCUUGAAGCCCAGGUCAAUCAGCCAGACACCACAAAGGGAAGGCACUGGGCAGCCCUGGGCAGGGCCUCUCGUCCCCGUCACACCGUGUCCCCAGCGCCAUUGCAACCCGGCCCAGUCCCGCCUCUCUCGCCCUAGCAUCUCUCCUCACCCGUUGCCCUCUAGUGUCAGACAGGAAGUGGCGGCGGGAUCCCGCCAGUGCUACUGGCCAAACGACAGCCGCCCGCCCCUGAACCAGACCUCUGGAGCUGUCGCUGCCCAUGGCCCCAGCCAAGCCGCCGGGGGGCAGCCUGCAGGGUUAGCCUGGCAUGGCGGCCACCUGCAGGUGAGGCUCGGGAGUCCUGCCCGGUGUCCUGGGCCUGCAGCCACUAUGGGGAUGUGGGAUGCCAGGCCUUGCCACCGCGCACUAACGGGUGCUGCGUCUGGCAGACAGGUGCCAGGAGAGCCACUCCCAGCACGGGCUGCAGCUGCCACGUGCUUCCUAGGGGAGGUGGGCGUUUAAGAUGGCAGUGUGGCUGGAGGGGGAGAUCAGAAUAAGCCAGCGAGCAUCACCAAGGCCCCCCAGUGCUCCUGCCCUGGGGCCAGCGCUGGCGGGGAGGGCAGGGAGGACAGUCUCCAGGCAGGGAGGGUAUUUGCAGCAGUCUCACCCAGCCUGGGAACAUUCAUGUGGAAUAGGGUAUGGAUCUGUCUGGUAGGAAGGGGUCUAAGUCCCAUGCAGGCCCCAUCAGCCCAGCCCCCCAGUGAGAAGAGGGGCCCCUUUAUGGCAGGAGGAGGGGGCCAAAACCAACUCCAAGUUCUCAGGGCAAACUCGUGGUGAGGCGUCUCCGUGACCCAGAGCCGUCUGCAGCCGGUGAUGUCACUUCCCCUUCCUUUCCUCCUCUUCAUCAGCUGCUUGCGUCUCAAGCCCUGAGACCGACCAGCCCUUUCUAGACAGGAUCUCCGCGCCGUGAACGUCACCCUGCGCGCGGAGGCUCAGGGCAGGGCAGGGCAGAGAGCUACGACUGCAGCUGUUCGAUUCACGCUCCCCUGUGCUGCCUGGGCUCCCGUUCCAGAGCAGGACGGCCAGGAGGUGCUGGGCUUCAUUUCCCAUUUGGGCUGCGGCAGGCUCAGCUGGCUCAGGGUUCGGCUACGUCUCAGCAAACCCACAACCCGAGCUGGUUCCGUGCCAUCUCUAGAAGGGGAUUGUCCCCGGCUUUUCCUGACUCCUCUCAGCAGUGAGCCAUCUCCGCCUGCCCUAAUGAGGGUGACAGUGCUUAGCCCGAGCAGGCAGAGGGUGCGUGUCCCAUCGGAUCCACCUGCAGAUGGUGGAUUUAACAGUCAGUCGGGAACAGAAGAAUGACCGUCCUGUGUUUGGGUACGGCUAGUUCACUUAGGGCCUUGUAUCAGCAAUAACUCCAUCGCUGAUUUCCAAGACAUCUGCUCAGUUUAUCAACCCAGACAAGACUGGCGCUGGCCGGCGCUGCGUGCAGCAGAUCAGGCCCCAGCUCCGUCAGCUCAGCCCUGCGGAGGAGAGUUGUUUUGAGCAGGACGCUAAUGGAAGAGACGUGCUGUCGGGAGUGGGUGUCACAGCAGCACCCGGCGUGUCAAACCCUUCCACUAGCAAUAUCCUGUCUGGGCCAUGUCGGGGCUUCUUUCUGUCGGGGCUGGAUUCUGCAGCAUCGGCCAGGGCAAGGAGGCGGCCGUGCUGGACCAUGGCAAAGAGCAAGGCCUUUAAAGCACUCCUGGUGGAGGUGCUGGCUCCUGAAGGCAGAGAGAGACCGAGGGAUUCUCUCCUGCUGUCAGAGAAUGAAAGUUUGGGUCAAGCUUGUGAAAAUCCCACCUCGCAACACGUUCUGGAUGGCCCUUGGCAUCAGCCCCAGCGAGGCAUCAUGGGCUUCUGGAUCACCAGCUCAGAGGGCUCUGGGACCCACGGCGGAGCUGACACCAUCAGCAGUGCCAUGUUUUCUCUCUUCCUUGCCCUCUGGAGGGUCUCCAAGGCUGCCGGCUGCCGUUGCUCUAUGGGAGCUGGGAGGCUGGUGGGAAAUGGUUACAGUCCAGCCUCUCGAGGGGCUCUCCUUGGGACAGUCAGGACCGAUGCAGGCUGGACUUGGGUCUCUGAAAGGAGCCCUGGCGUCUCCGCCUCCCCAUCUGACAGGGGCAAAAUCCCUUCUUGUCGAGCCGCCUGGCGAGUCUGGAAUGCCCACCUGAGCCUGGGGCUGGGCCCCUGCAUCUCCACGCUCCGGUGCCCUCUGCAGUCGGCCCCUUGCCCAGCUGCCACCCCCAGGCCCGCGCUCUAGCGGAUAUCCAGCUCUCUCCGUCUUGACCUGAGGCCCGUUCCCUCCUAAGGUCCUGUUGGCCUUUAGGCUUUGCAUGUUUAAAAUGGAGUCCAGCUCAGGACACAACCAAACCAGCCCCUGAGCAGCCCGGUGGUGGCACUGGGCUGUGCCUCUGAGGCUCUGCAGUGCCCCGCCCCAUAUCCCUGUUUGUAUAGAGCUCCCCAGUUUAACCCUGAGCUCCUGGCUUGUGCCCCCCACCCCCUGCAGGAGAGUUAACCUCUUGGCUGCUGGUGCUCAGGCAGGGACUCUGUGCCCUACCACCCAGGUUUACAUUUCUCCAUGUUAACUCUCUUCUCCCCAGCCCCUCUCCCAGCUCUGCUCUUUAACCUGCAGCCCUGCGUCCUUGGGGUCUCAGCGGAGGAAUGUUCUUUCUGGCUGACCCCUGUUUGCUUGGUGAUUCCCGUUAAUGCUGGGAAUCAAACUCUUGGCAGCAGCAAGACAGGGGGUGUGUGUGAGAGAGACCGACCUGCAUUCCUUCUGCCAGCCACGAGGAUUUCACUUCACCGUGCCAAGGGACCUCUAACUCCUGGGGGCCCAGCCAGUGACAGGUCCCCCACACUGCCUCUCUGGCCCAAUCAGCUUGGUUCAGGAUUCCGCUGUGAUGGUUCCCCCACCUCACCCCGGACAGCCUGAGCAUGGACAGCCCAAGUCUGCUUGCUCCGGGGACCUAAGCCACAGGCCCGUCCUGCCUCGCUGAGACCUUGUUUUCAUCUCACACUGCCAUCAGUCUGUGGCAGGCAGCGGGCUCCUCGGUGCUGCUCAGCCCGGGGCAGUGCAAUGCCUGGGUACCCCAGCAGCAGGCGCUCUAGGGAGCAGUGAGCUCACCGACAUGCCAGCGGUGCAGUGUCCUCAGCCACGCUCCAGAACAUCCUUGUGGCUCACCAGGAGAGAAAACUGCAAAGGGUCCUGGGCGGAGAGCCCCAUCCCCCCACCCGAGGGAUCUGGCUGAGUGUCUAAUAUCUUGGAUGUCAGGUUGAUGCCAAAGCCCUGGGUGCGAGGAGCAGAGUGCAGUGCAUACCCACUGUGCGUCCCACAGCACUGGGAUGCGUCAGGGGCCUCUGGCCUGCCUUCUGUGGCUCCCGUCCCCGCAGGAACAACGUGCUGCUCUCUGGGACCGAAACUGCUGUGUGGAGGCAGCGCACAGCACCGGUGGGGCAGUCACACAUGGUCAGGCAGGAGAGUCCAUCUGGGAUUGUCCCGCCAUCCCUGCCACGCUGGGAACAUCCCCCUCUCCGGGACAUUUUCCUUCCUACUGCCAGGGAAGGAGCAACCCCUGCUGUUAGAGACAGGCUGGGCUUGAACAGGGUCAGGCAACAGAAGCAAGAAGUCAGAUCCAGCCGUCUGUCAUCUCGGGUAUUUCGCACGUGCUGUCACUGCGUGACUACGUGCCAAGAACACACAGUAGCGUAGCGCUAAAAUUGCCCACUGGGCCCUCACUCGUCAUUCGCCAAGAUUCAUUCACUGGUUCGCUAAAUCUUUCUUUUCCUUCUCUCUCCUCCUCCUCGUCACCUGGCCACGAAGAAGGUGCAUCACAUCAUCAGGGAAGGCUUCUCAUUGAGUGUCAAACACGCUCAGGCGUGGGCUGGCCCUCCUGUGGCAAGGAAUUCCACAGUCCGCCAAGGAGGCUGUGCCCAAAGCCUGGAGAAGGAGCCUCAUGUGACACUGCUCCCUGGCUGGCAGCUUUGAGUGUCUGGUUAGUUACUUCCCGAUAGCCUCCUUGGGGAAGGGAGUCCCUGGGAACUCGCCAGCAGCUGGGCUGAUAAGAGAUUUUCACAGUUUCCCACCAGUCCCUCCGUGCAGCCUUUCUCGGAGAAAGGGAAAGAGACAGCCCAGCAUCCCAGCGAGCCUGUUCCUCAGAGAGAUGAUGGGCAUCGGGGAACCUGCUGGGGGAGGAAUGGGGUCCAACCCCAUGCACAUGAACCCCACAGAGUCCUGGACGAUGGCAGGGAGAGGUGUGCAGAGCUGGAGCCCAGACGCGACGUGAUUCCCUCCGUGCAGCUAUAAAGAGCAAGUGCCUUCAGCUCCCUGAGAGAAACAGCUAGAGCCAGCCCCAGCAGCAAACGCCCUCCCUGCCCACAUGCCUGCCGGGAAAGGAGUGAGACACAAGGUGCCAUGAGGACCCUGAGCAGCCCAGCAGUGAGCCUGGCAACCCUGCAGUGGCUGGUGCUUUCGGCCUCGGUCUCUCGGUGAGGUCCCAGACCUCCCUGGAGAACAGUCUGUUCUGCCUCUGGGUACCAAAUGCUGCGUGGGACGGAUUAACUAACCCCUCUCACGUCGCCAACUUUCCUUGGUUCCUCGCGGCCCCUCCGAUCUCAGCUGGGGUCUCUGGCCUGGGCUUCUCUUGUCCAGUCUGACAGUGAGAUUUCAUCCCUUCCUACCCGAAUGGUUAUUCUUGCCACCCCCGUGGACGCGUUGCCAGCUGAUGUGUUCCAGCCAUUUGCCUGAGCCCAGGCAGCGCUGAGCAGCGCUAGCCCCCGCCAGAGAGGAAGGGAGCUGACAGCUCCCUGCACCUUGCCAGACGAAAGCCAGGGGGGCUGUACCCAGGUCAACAGGAGCUUUCAGGUGUGUCCCUGCAAGUCCCAGUGAGUCGUUCCCUGUGGGAUGUUCCCGGGAGUGAGGAGUGCGGGGUCAUCCCAAGGGGUAGUGCCCCCAGCCCGGCUCCCAGGUGCUGCUUGCUGGGGUGACUUGGCCAUUCCCCGUAGCGUGCUGGGGCAGCGCUAGCAGCACUUUCACUUUCCGCCCCCAGGACUUGGAAUGGGAAGUGGAUUUCACUGGGCUGGGCCUGGACAAACCCUCUCAGCUGUGGGACCGAUCCGUACCCUGGGGAGCCUCUGCUCAGUUAUGCCCCCGGCCUGCCAUGUCUGGCCUGUUCCCUAUGUCCACAUGGCAAUUCCAAACCUACAGCUGGCCCGGGCCAGCUGCCUCGGGCUUGCGGGGCUGGGGCCAGGGGCUGUUUCACUGCGGUGUCGACAUCCAGGCUGGGCUGAAGCCUGAGCUCUGGGACCCUGCAAGGCGGGAGGGUGCCCGAGCCUGGGCUGCAGCCUGAGCACCAACAUUUCCAUCCCAGUUCAACAGCCCCUUCCCCUCAGCAAUUGUCUGACUGCAGGUAGACAAACCCUCUGGGACUCCGGCUGCUUGUAAAUACUUCUAAGGGCUGUAACCAGGGAACCAGUCAGAUAAGCUCCAGCUGCUGCCACAGACCAAAGCGGGGAGGCGAAGGGUCCUUCCCACUUACUUUCCUGUUAACAAGUCAUCUGAUGGCUUCAGCUGGGGAAAUCCCCCUCCUAGAGUCAUGGUUCUCCCCCCCGAGGUCCUGAUCCUGGAGGGAGGCUGGGGGGCUUUCUGACCAGGUCUCCUGUGACUCUCCUGUCCCCAGUGGCAUUAAAGCCGAGGGCCAGGGCAGGGUGAGAGAGCAGGGUUGGCCCCACAGGCCGUUCAUUUGACCUGUGACUAUGGCUGUUUCCCUGAGCCCUCCUGCAAGUCCCCAAAGGGGAGAAUGUGUCCCCAAAGAUGUCGCCGGAUGCAGCGGGCCCCAGACUCUUGCUGCAGGAGCGGGAGCUGUCAGCAGGGGGUGCAGCGGCAGCACCAAGGAAGGCUUGUGUGUCAGGGGUUCUACCUGUUGCAGCAGCCUGGUCUUAGAGCCAGGGUGAGCAAUGAAUCCGCUUUUGCACUUCCCAAAGCAACAGCCGACGUUGCCCACUGCAAAGGGCGUUAGGAGAGCUGCUUUCUCGCACCUGGGAGGGACACUCAUUUGGCUGGUGCUCAUUCGUUCUGCCCUCUUUCAGUGGCCCGGUGACGCAGGCAGCACCGCCAGGCUGCAGUGUGAGUCGUGCUUAAUCAGUGCCUGUACUGGAUCCAAAAGCAAAAAUGCGGGAGCUCCCAUCUGGCUGGGCAAGCUCCUUUCAGGACCCAGCAACUCUUCUGCUCAUGGGCCUGGCCCCAUGAGCUGUCAAGGGCCCUCAGCUCCCAUGACGUCAGUAGGAGGUUAGGACCCUCGGCCCGUCUCAGGAUUGGACCCUCAGUCAGCAGAAACCCAGCUCUUGUAUGGACUCCCCUAGAGACGCUUGCUCACCCUCUGGAGAUUGCAGUCGGGAUGUACAGGGCUAGUGGAGACGAGGCUGGUCGAGGUCAGCCCGACACCCCAGCUGGGGUUUCUGGGUGUAAGUGGAACCCUGUGUCCCCUCUUUCACCAGGAGAACUUACAAAUGGAAGGGGCCUCGCACACCAUCUAAUCCGUCCCCCCGGCAGCGCAGGGAGGGCAAGAAUCUAGAAGCACCAUCUAGAGUAGCUCCAGCAACGGGAGCGAGAGCGAUGGAGAGGGAGAGAUUAUUUUUAUUUAGUGCGUUCCUGUAAAGCUGGAAUGUUACGGCGCAUCCCAGGCCAGUCAGAUUAUAUAGAGAGAUAUAAAGAGAGAGAGAGAGAGAUAUACAUAGUAAAAAUCGCUAAUGACAGAGUUUUAAAUCCAGAUGCUAUUUAUCUUUAGAGCCAUUGUCUGUCGCCCUUUCAUUGCACAAGAAUUAGCUUUUGUCCCCGUUCCAUUGCAGGGUUUCUUCAUGGCUUCUGACCAAAAAAUACUCCUCCUCUUCCCCCCGCGUCUGUAGGGAAAGGCCCUUGGGCGGUUCCCUCAGGGACAGGACCUUCCGCGGCGCUGACUCCCCUCAGUCGAGGGCAGAGCCGCCUAGUCGUUCCCAGUGUAGCUGCCGCAGGAUCAGUCAAGAAGGCAGAAGUGGAAUGGUCGAGUCUCCCAGCAGCGAGAUGCUGGCAGUUCAUUGCUGGGAGCUGAGGGGCCCACCCAAUGGGCAGCCUGCUCCAAGAGCCUUCUCUGCCAAGCAGCUGAUUGAGUCUCUCUCUGCUGCUCCCCCAGGCAGCCACACACAACAGGGGUAACUGUCAAGGCUCAGUGCCCAUCGGGUUGUUUCUGGCACUGGCUGGUUCACUGCUUGCACAAGUUCCACACCUCGCCCAGGGCCAGAUCCUGCUCCCUGGGUCUUCCUGGCAGAGCAGCAGGUCGGCGCCUCACUUUCCUUGGAAGCAGCUGAGGAGGCGCCGUUGGGUGGAAGCCUCCGGGACCCAGUGCCUGCUGUCUCUGCUCUUGAAGCCCGUAGGAGAUGCACUAGUGUAGCAAGGGCAUCACUAGGCCCACGCGGGGCCCGUGCAGGAUUCUGAUCUCGGCGGAUCCAGAGACAUCUCCUCUACACUGAGAUCAGAAGCUGGCCCUUAAGUCUCCAGCCAGGGCUGGGAGCCCCUUCUCCUGGGGGCUACGCCUUCCCACAGGUACCAAAGCCUAGGAGAACGUGGCUCUUUCAAGGGACAUUGCCAGGGAGUUUGGGCCAAGAACACAGGCUGUGUUACAGAAAUGGUCUGACCACCAGGCAGCAGUGGGGAUGGGUUCAUGAAAUCUGCCUGGUCAACAUUCAAAAUGGGAUUGAAAUUUCCCCUGCUCCCCAAAGAGCCCUGAGAACCAGGAAGUGAAACCGACUGCUCUAGCUGCACAGCCUGAGCUGAGCAAAUCAGCUUAGGUGCUGCUAGGAAGCCAGGGAAGGGAAUUUAACCUGACAGUGUCCCUUUAAAUAGGGGAAGGGGCAAAUUCAUCCCUACGGGAAUCCCUUGGAGCCAGGGAUAAGUUUGGCCCCAUGUGUGGCAGGGGAGCAGAGCACUGCUGGGGCCACCGUGGAAUAAGCAGACGCAGAUUAGUGUCGAAUUCCCAGGCAAUGUGUCUCUAGGACUUGCUCAGCAUCCAGACAGCCACCAGCGCCAAAGGAAGUGACUGGCGCAGAGCUGUUUGCUACAGAGCGGUCGGACCAGCUCCUUGCUGUCCCCCCUGCUGGGAAGCCCCGGUUGUGUGGGGAGCCCCGGCUGUGUGCUUGCUGCCGACAAAUCUCUGCGUAACUUGUCGAUUGAUUCGCUUUAGCAUUAUCAAUUUGCAUGUGCCCAGGUGGGAACCCAUCAGGCCUUUCCCAGCACUAGCUGGAGGUUUUCCCAAGGUGGGGACAGGAAUUGCAGCCUGAAUAGGCUUGUCCUGUUGAACCAAAUUCUAGUUCUGGUCUCAUUUACCCGAGCGCAAGUCCAUCCGCGUCAGUGGUUUUUACUCCAGAUUUACACCUGCAUGAGAUCAGGGGGCUGGAUCCUGACCCCACUGAAGCCAGUGGGAAUUGCACCCUUGACUUCAGUGGGAGUAAGCCUGGACAUUAAUGCUGGAAGUACUGGCCUGAAUCCCGGUGCAUGGGGAAUGGGGGUUUGACACGGAAUUCUCUUCCCAUUGGCUCCAACUUUUCUCAGUUAAAGACAGAAGUUGUACAGAGAUUUUUAGCUACCCAGAAGCUCUUUUGAUCUCAUUAGAAGCUCUGGAGCCAAUUCUCCCCCUUCUUCGUCCUUUUUUUUUAAUUUUUAGAUGGAACUGGCCUUUCUCCAGCUUUGUAUGUUUCAGAUGUUCUGACUUUGUUCUUCUUGUCCUCAUAAACUCGGUUUUUCCCCU